AUGUCGGACGAUUAUUAUAUGUUCGAUAAUGAAUCCUUACUGAAGAGCAGCCCUCAGGAUAAUCUUGUCCAACGUACUGGAUCUCUAGUUAGGCCAGAACGAAAUCAUAUGAAUGACCCUUCACAUCCACAUCAUUACUACGCAAGAAAAGCCAAGGAGACCCGUGUUAGCGUUAAUCCUUCGUCUACUGGAAUUAUGCCAAGCACAGAUCCCUUGCCUUCUAAGACUUUGAAUAAACCGCGGCCUCCUGUGAAGCCUAAAAUCGCUAAGAGACGGGAGGAUGAUCCCUUAUCCCUAUGGCAGUUCUACUGUUAUGCUAUUACGUUCUGGGCCCCAAGUCCUCUAUUGGAAUUAUUUGGCAUGCCCAAGAAGGAAAGACAAUUUGCGUGGAGAGAAAAAGUUGGCCUAAUAUCUGUGAUCAUAUAUUGCGGUAUAUUCGUCGCAUAUUUGACCUUUGGAUUUACAAAUACGGUUUGUAACGUUGACAGACAACGGCUCCGCAAUAAUGAAGUUGCACACCAGUACCUUAUCAUUCACGGAAAGGCAUAUAACUUAGACUUUUCUGCUCACCCCGCUGCUGCUGGAAUCGAUGCAGGAAGCAAUGUCCUUUACAAUCCCAUUGCAGCCGGCGGCAAAGUAGCCUCAUUCCUCUUUCAAAAUGUUAACGGAAAUUGCAAAGGCUUAAUCAUUCCGAAGGAGAAUUGUUCAAUCCCUCAUGAAGGGUUGGACCUUGCAUGGUACUUUCCAUGUAAACUCUACUCGCAAGAUGGAUCAACCUCACCAGAGUUUUCUCUGAGUGAAUACUACGAUGGUUGGGCUUGCCAUACUUCUGAAAACGCAAGAGGGGCUUAUUACAAUCUACAGCCUACUGCGGAUGUUUAUUUUACCUGGGAAGAUAUUAAAAAUAGCACACGGAAUUUGGUAGUAUACAACGACGAUGUUUUAGACUUGGAUUUAUUAAACUGGCUUCAGACAGAAGAUCUUGAAAUUCCAGGUGCAUUCGAUGACCUCAAAAGUGCCAACCUAAAGGGAUUUGAUAUAUCUGUAGUCUUAUCGAACAGCCAUGAUAAACAAGUUGCUAGGUGUCUAUCGGAGAUUGUUAAAGUUGGUGUAAUUGAUUCAGAUACAGUUGGUUGCAUUGCUUCCGAAGUUGUGCUUUAUAUUUCGUUGGUGUUUAUUCUUUCGAUCGUCACCAUCAAGUUUCUUGUUUCUUGUUAUUUCCACUGGUGUAUUGCGCGGAAACAAGGCGCCUCUCCAGUUGACAAUAAGACACUAGCGAAAAUGGCAAAUGAUAUCGAAGAUUGGUCUGAAAAUAUCAACAGUCAAGGGCCUAUUAAACCUGUUCAACAUCCAACAGGGUUCGGUCAAUCAAAGGACUUCAAUUUAAAUAUGUUUCAGCGGAAUCGUAACUUCAGAUUGGACUUGAGCCAAGGAAAUCUAGAUGUAACAGCGGAUUUGGCCUUGCUCGAGAAAUUGAAGGGCUUUGGUAUUACAACCAUGACGAUACAAAGUUUGCUUAAGGAACUUUCACCUGAGUCAACUCCUUAUAAUAUUGCAUCACCGCGGUCGCCUUCUAUUUUACCUCUAAACCCACUUACUGAUGAUUUCUUCUCUCACAAUCAAAAUGAACAUUUAGAUCCUUCGAUCAUUCACCCGAACGUUAUCCCCCAGCCACCACCAGAUUAUACUCCGUUUGGCUAUCCAUUAAUACAUGGGAUUUGUUUUGUUACGUGCUACUCAGAGAACGAAGAAGGUUUACGUACAACUUUGGACUCACUUUCCACCACAACCUACCCAAAUUCUCAUAAACUUUUGAUGGUGCUAUGUGACGGUUUGAUCAAAGGUUCUGGAAAUUCGAAAUCAACACCAGAGAUCGCUCUAGAUAUGAUGGAAGAUUUCGUGGUUCCACCUGAGCGGGUUCAAGCGUACUCCUACGUUGCUGUUGCAUAUGGAACAAAACGUCACAAUAUGGCAAAAGUUUACAGCGGCUUCUACAAGUAUGAUAACAGCACUGUACCUCCUGAAAAGCAGCAAAAGGUACCGAUGAUUUGUAUUGUAAAGUGCGGGACCGAAGAUGAGCAGGCCUCUUCAAAACCUGGUAAUAGAGGGAAACGUGAUUCUCAGGUAAUACUCAUGUCAUUCCUACAGAAGGUGACCUUUGAUGAAAGAAUGACGCGUCUCGAAUUCGAGCUUUUAAAAAAUAUCUGGCAGAUUACAGGGCUCAUGAGUGACUUCUACGAGUUUGUUUUAAUGGUCGAUGCCGACACGAAGGUUUACCCUGAUUCAUUGAGUCAUAUGGUUGCCGAGAUAGUAAAAGACCCUAAAAUCAUGGGCCUUUGCGGAGAAACAAAAAUAGCUAACAAAAGACAAUCGUGGGUAACUGCCAUCCAAGUUUUCGAAUACUACAUAUCUCAUCAUCAAGCAAAAGCAUUUGAGUCUAUAUUUGGGUCGGUAACAUGCUUACCAGGCUGUUUUUCGAUAUACAGGAUCAAAUGCCCAAAAGGUGAAGACGGAUAUUGGGUCCCCAUAUUGUGCAACCCUGACAUAGUGGAGCGAUACUCUGAUAAUGUGACAAAUACUUUGCACAAAAAGAAUUUAUUGUUAUUGGGGGAAGAUCGCUUUUUGUCAUCUCUAAUGUUAAAGACAUUUCCCAAGAGGAAACAGAUAUUUGUUCCUAAAGCUGCAUGCAAAACAAUAGUGCCAGACAAGUUCCGGGUUCUCCUAUCACAGAGGCGGAGAUGGAUCAACUCAACAGUUCACAAUUUGAUAGAGUUGGUAUUAAUCAAUGACUUAUGUGGUACGUUCUGCUUCUCCAUGCAAUUUGUAAUUGCUAUCGAGCUUAUCGGAACCGUUGUCUUGCCAUUAGCCAUCUGCUUGACAAUAUAUGUUGUUAUUUUCGCUAUAGUAUCGAAACCGACUCCGGUAAUUACCUUGAUCCUUCUAGCCAUCAUUCUAGGCUUACCAGGCAUUCUCAUUGUUGUUACAGCUACACGGUGGUCGUAUCUAGUCUGGAUGGGGAUAUAUCUCCUUGCACUACCCAUUUGGAACUUCGUACUACCCACUUACGCGUUUUGGAAGUUUGAUGACUUCUCCUGGGGUGACACCAGACAGGUUGCAGGCGGAGACAAAGGUAAUCACUGCGACGGAGAAGGCGAUUUCGAUGGUUCUUUGAUUCAGAUGAAGACCUGGCGCGAAUACGAACGCAUUGAGCGGUUGGAAAGGACUAACAAAUUAGGCACAACCCCUGGAGUUGGCGAGCCCACUUCAAGAAGAGCCUUUUCUUCUAUGGAUAACUUCCCAGCAAUUUUGAGUGAACAGCUCAAUGGUUCAUAUGCCCAGCAAGCUGGUCCGUUGUUACCGCCAUUACCUCCGUUGCCCCCGUUGCCUGCGCUGAGCUCGCAAUCUCCCCGCCCUCGACCCAGAGCUCCAUGA